UACUUCCGCCCUUCAAGCGCCAUGGUCCCGACGCUGCCUGUCGCAUCGCCGUGGGCUACGUGCCCGCCUUCAACAUGGCGGUGGCGGCGGUCUCCGGUGCGCUUGGCCGGGCGGGCUGGAGGUUCCUGCAGCUGCGAUGCCUGCCCGUGGCCCGUUGCCGACCAGCCCUGAUGCCACGUGCCUUCCAUGCUUCAGCUGUGGAGCUAAGGUCUUCAGAUGAGCAGAAGCAGCAGCCUCCCUUGUCAUUUUCUCAGCAGCAUUCUGAGACACAGGGGGCAGAAAAACCUGAUGCAGAGGCUUCUCAUUCGCCUCCCAGGUAUACAGACCAGGGCGGUGAGGAGGAGGAGGACUAUGAGAGUGAGGAGCAGCUGCAGCACCGCAUCCUGACGGCAGCCCUAGAGUUUGUGCCCGCCCACGGGUGGACAGCAGAGGCGAUUGCAGAAGGAGCCCAGUCUCUGGGUCUCUCCAGUGCAGCCGCCAGCAUGUUUGGGAAGGACGGCAGUGAGCUAAUACUGCAUUUUGUGACCGAGUGCAACGCCCGGCUGACACGCGUGCUGGAAGAGGAGCAGAAGCUGGUACAGUUGGGCCAGUCAGAGAAGAAGAAGACAGACCAGUUCCUGAGGGAUGCAGUGGAAACCAGACUGAGAAUGCUGAUCCCGUACAUUGAGCACUGGCCCCGGGCCCUCAGCAUCCUCAUGCUCCCUCACAACAUCCCGUCCAGCCUGAGCCUGCUCACCAGCAUGGUGGAUGACAUGUGGCAUUACGCUGGGGACCAGUCCACUGAUUUUAACUGGUACACCCGCCGAGCCAUGCUGGCUGGCAUCUACAACACAUCAGAGCUGGUGAUGAUGCAGGACUCCUCUCCAGACUUCGAGGAUACUUGGCGCUUCCUGGAAAACCGGAUUAAUGAUGCAAUGAACAUGGGCCACACUGCCAAGCAGGUAAAAUCCACCGGAGAGGCACUGGUGCAAGGACUAAUGGGUGCAGCAGUGACACUCAAGAACUUGACAGGUUUAAACCAGCGCCGGUGAGAGGAAGGGGUGUAAGCUACAGUACCUAGAAGAGAACAAGCAGACAGAUUGAAAGGGCUUUGAAAAGUAUGAGGUGCCCUCCACAUACGCUGGUUUUCAUGAGAACACACUAAAGGACUCCUGAGGCAUUGCCACACUACCUGGAAACCACAGGGCAUUGGAUGCUACCAUUCUGGUCAGGGAUUGGGCCACUUCUUCAGUUCCUAUUACCAGGCCAAGCCUCCGGAUGCCUUUCUGCACUGCAGCUGACUGAUUGAAAAAUGAGAUGUUCAUCCAAGCAUUCAAGCCAUGUCCCUGUCACGAUCUCAUGGGCACCUUCAUCAUGUCUUAACCGUCCCUUAACCUUGGGGCUCCCAAGCCAGAGUCAAGGUCUGAAGCCACCUCAAGGUGGCUGCUCAUCCCCAGCACAGUACACUUGCAGCCCUCUACCUCCCAGGGGUCCUGAGAUGCUGCUCCUGGGAACCCCUCAGAAAACUGCCUCACCUGAGACAAGUGCCUGCUGGACAGAGGUGUGAUCCCAGGCCUGGUGUCACAUGACACUGGCAUGCAUUGCAAGAUUGUUAGUGAAUUUCAAGUCUGUAAAAAUAAUAAAUAUGUUUGAAGCAGUU